AUGGAGUUGUCUAUGAAAGAGACAGUAAAAGCCAUAGCAAAAUCAUCUCUGAGGAACUUCUUGUUCAUUACCUUCAUCUUAAUACUUCCACUUUCGUUAUUCCAGAUGUUGUUCGAAUAUAAUCUACUUGAGCUCGUUAUCCUCGUUAGUAAUCUAAGUGACAUAUCAGUGAUUUCAUCACCUGAAUAUCCAUAUUCGAAAUCACUACCUUCUCAACCUUCUCAUAAACAGGAUGUUUGCACAUACUUCUUCUAUAACUUCGUCUAUCUGGUUUUCUUCCUCACCUUCUAUCUUCUCUCUACCUCAGCUAUGAUCUUCACCAUGGCUUCCCAUUACGUUUCCAAACCCGUCUCUUGUGUUUCAACUCUUUUCGCUAUUCCCCGUAUAUCAAAACAUCUUUUCAUCACCUUCCUUGACGCUUUACCUCUCAUGAUCGGUGCCUACAUUGCCAACUUUGCUUUACUGUAUCUGAUAAAUGCAAUACCCAAAGAUGUUGUAGCUUUCAUUUUUGCUAUCAUCUAUGGUCUUUUCGUCACAGUUGUCAAUGCAUAUAUCAUGGCAAUAUGGAACUUAGCCAACGUAAUUUCAUUUCUUGAACCAAAUGUUCAUGCGGUAUCAGCUCUGAAAAUGAGCAAACUACUCUUACGUCGGAAAACUGUCAUUGCAAUUCUUUUUGCAGCACACUACUUGCUUGCUGUUUCAGUAAUUCAAUUUACUGAAGGCUUGGCUAUGGUCAUGGACUAUGAUAAUUAUAUCGUAGUUAGAAUUUUGUUGAUCGUGUGCUGUGUGAUCAUAAUGACCGGGAUAAAUUUCGUAUGGUUGACGGGCCAAAGCGUUUUGUAUUAUGUGUGCAGGAGGUACCACAAUGACGUGAUUGAUAUAAAGGCUUUGUAUGAUCAUCUUGAUGGGAAAAAAUCUGGUAACGGUAACAGCAUUGGAGGUGAUAACAUGGAAGUUUGA